GACUCCGACGACCCCAAAAAUGACGAAUUCUACGUAUUGGACGAGGAUUCAGAUCAAUCCGAGCUAUUUUCAACGGCUUCAAGAGCUGAAAAAGCUGAGAUUCAACGCUGUGAAGACCAGUCUAUAGUGCUUCUUGCGGAAGCUGCAAUACUCUCUACAGAGAGCUCUCUCCUAGCACUUCCGUCUAUCCAAGAUAUCGAGUCUACGCCAGCUCAAUGGCUCGAGUCUCCAACCUCUCUUCGGGAAGCUAAGGCUUCACCGUUCUGGCUAUGGUGGGAGCAAGCUAUGAAGUCGGAGAUCGCUCAAUUUGAGGUUCUCCAAGUAUGGCAACCAGCAUCUCCACCACCAGGGGCCAAGAUCCUCUCGGGUAGAUGGGUCUAUAAGCUCAAGACCGAUGCCAAUGGCAGACCUGCCAAGUUCAAAGCACGUUGGGUGGCCCGAGGUAAUACCCAGAGAGAAGGCAUUGAUUAUGAGGAUGCGUACGCCGCCACCGGCCGCUACGAGACCCUCCGAGUACUCCUUGCAGUCAUCACAUUGAAGAAGCUAUAUUCGACGCAUUUAGACGUCAAUUUGGCCUAUCUCAAUGCGAUUUUGGAAGAGGAAACGUACAUGCAAUACCCCGACGGUCUCGACUUUCAUGGCGUCGAACCUCACGGUAAUGUCUGUCGCCUUCGUAAGAGUCUAUACGGCUUGCGCCAGUCAGCAGCCAAUUGGUAUAAGACCCUUAGCAGCUUCCUCCUUUCCAAAGGCUUCAAUGCCUCAUCCUCUGAUCCAUGUCUAUACGUACGCCACGAGCAAGGGGGUGGAAUUACCAUCAUCUUCGUCUACGUAGAUGAUAUGUUGCUCGCAUCGACGUCUCCAACAACGCUUCAGAGAGUCAAGGAAGCGAUCGCUAAGCAAUGGUCUAUUUCAGACCUAGGUGAAGUCUCUCACUACCUUAGCCUGAAGAUCCAACGUGACCGUGAAGCCGGAAUCAUGAAAAUAGGCCAAAAAGCCUAUAUUGACAAGUUUCCUGACGUCCCAGCAACCUCUCCAAGACCUUUCAUCCCAUUCAGUCCUAGCACCGAGCUUAGGAAAGCCGAUGAACCGGCAAACCGUGAAAACGUGAAGACCUACCAGUCUCUCACCGGUAGUCUAAUUUACGCCAGCACGGUCUCACGUCCUGAUCUCUCCCUAGCGCUUGGGAUGCUCACGAAGCAUAACCUCAAACCCCACGAUCCUCACUUCUCCGCCGUCUACCAAGCCGUCCAGUACGCUAAGCGAACCAGCAACCUUACGAUAACCUACGGACGGCCGAAAACGAGUGGUAAUACU